AUGGCGGCUCUCCCUGGUGGUUUCAAAUUCAUAUCAUUGACACCUUAUGGAAACUUUCGAAACAGUUUCUAUUUUUAUUUAGACAUAGUGGUACGUUGCAUGAUUUGCACGACCACCUUGUUCUUCUGGGAUUUAACUUUGUACUACAGAAGGUACACCUUCGUGAGGUUCCUGCCUGAGGUUGAUGAGCUGAAUUGCGAAGAGAUUUGUAAAGCAAUACCAAGGGUGAAUUCGGAAUGUACAUGUCGACCAACUACAUUAAUCCCUUUAGUAAUUAAUGGCACAAAACCUUUAAUCGUUACCCCGGUAGCAACCGUCACGCCUAUAAAACCUAAAGAGACAGAAAAACCUAUAACCAUUAACCCGGCUGCAACCGUCACGCCUAUAAAACCUAAAGACACAGAAAAACCUAUAACCAUUAACUCAGCUGCAACCGUCACGCCUAUAAAACCUAAAGACACAGAAAAACCUGUAACUAUUAACCCGGCUGCAACCGUCACGCCUAUAAAACCUAAAGACACAGAAAAACCUAUAACCAUUAACUCAGCUGCAACCGUCACGCCUAUAAAACCUAAAGACACAGAAAAACCUAUAACCAUUAACUCAGCUGCAACCGUCACGCCUAUAAAACCUAAAGACACAGAAAAACCUGUAACUAUUAACCCGGCUGCAACCGUUACGCCUAUAAAACCUAAAGACACAGAAAAACCUGUAACCGGAAACCCAGUAGCAACCGUUACACCUAUGAAAACUAAAGAAACAGACAAACCUAGAAUCGUCGAACCGGAAAUAAUGACCAUACCUUUAAAAAUAACAGACCUAGACAAACCUUUAAAUAUCAAGUUGGAUAUUAUUAUUCAACCAUCAAUAUCUUUAAUUGUCAGCAUGAAAAUAAUGAUCAAAGACACUAGCAAACCUGAGAUUACCCACCCGCCAUCCAUAUCUACACUGGGACCUGUCACCAUUCCUUCCAGGGGGCCUAUCACCAUUCCUACAAUGGGACCUAUCACCAUUCCUACACAGGGACCUAUCACCCUCCCUACACUGGGACCUACCAUUCCUACACUACGACCUACCAUUCCUACUCCUACAUUGGGAUCUAUCACCUUUCCUACACUGGGACCUAUCACCUUUCCUGCACUGCCUCCACUCAUCAUGCCUAUGAAAACCAAUGAUGCAGUCUAA